AUGGCUCAUACGCCCUCGCAGCGACAGCUUGUCGCUAUCUCAGUCACAGAGCGCGUCUGCUCUGCGAUCUCACUAGUUGGCGCUUUUGUUAUCAUAGCUAGUUUCAUCGGUUCACGCUCAUUUCGGAAACCGAUCAACCGCCUCGUUUUCUACGCGUCAUGGGGCAAUAUGAUGGCCAAUAUAGCGACUAUGAUUUCGCAAUCGGGGAUUCAGGCUGGGUCUAGUAGCUCCUUGUGCCAGCUCCAGGCUUUUUUCAUUCAGUGGUUCAUGCCCGCUGACGCGUUGUGGACAUUCGCCAUGGCGUGCAAUGUCUAUCUAACCUUCUUUCACAAAUAUGGCUCAGAGCAACUGCGCCAGAUCGAGUGGGUGUAUGUCGUGUGUUGCUACGGCCUCCCCUUUAUCCCAUCCUUCACAUACUUCUUCAUCCACACCCAUGCCCGAGGCCAGGUCUACGGCUCCGCAACUCUUUGGUGCUGGGUCGCAUUACCAUGGGACUACCUUCGCAUUGCCGUCUUCUAUGGCCCUGUGUGGUUCGUUAUCAUCCUCACCUUCGCCAUCUACCUACGCGCAGGAUCCGUCAUAUACCAGAAACACCGCGAGUUGCGUAACUUCAGUGGUAUCGAGUCUCUCAGCUCUAACACGCAGCCCGAUGCCCCCCUCGUCAUAAGCUCGGGUAUCCAUGUUACCAGCGAAUUUACCUGCCUACCGCCAAUGCACCAGCCCGUGUCGGUCAGUGAUACACGGAGUUUCACAGUCUCCUCGUUUAGCCCAUACUCCGUGUCGAUCGAGGGCGGCCUGAUCGAUUCCUUCAACAUACAGCAUGACCUAGAGGAAAACUCCUCGCCUACUCAGGGUCUGAGUCGCCCCCAAUCGGACCCAACUCCGCUCCGCACAGAGGGGUCUAUCAAGUCGGCGCGGCACGAAAGCGGGGACUCGAAUGCGCAGCGGCGGAAGGCGACAGAGGCGAGCUCCGCGGCUUGGGCGUAUACGAAAUACGCGAUAUUGUUCUUUAUCGCGCUGCUUGUAACGUGGGUUCCCUCCACGGCCAACCGAGUAUACGCAUUUGCUCACCCCAAUGACUUCUCGUUCGGGCUCAACUAUGCAGCGAGUUUUGUGCUUCCUUUACAGGGUUUUUGGAAUAGUCUUAUUUACGUGUCGAUCUCAUGGCCAGCGUUUAAGACGCUGUGGAAUGAUUUGCGGGGCAACUCGACGAGGUUGGGAAACAUUUAG